AUGCUGUCUUCUGCAACCGAGGAGGCUGCUGAGCUCGCAAAAUGUGACGUAAUUUCUCAUCUGGCCAAUACAAACAAUGUGAUCGAUCCAUUUCUACGCCAGACUGAUGUUCGAUUCAGCACGAGCUCAGGCAGUGAGAUUUUGGUCGAAGCGGUUUACCAGGACACCUUGCCAUCCGGAUCCCGAAUAGGUACAGUGGUAGCCAUACAUGGUGCUCCAGGAUCCCACAAAGAUUUCAAAUAUGUUACACCGUUGCUACAGAACAAAGGGAUACGAUUCAUUGGUGUCAAUAUGCCUGGCUUUGGUCUUACCCCAGGUGACUCUCGGCUACGAUGCGAUAAUACGGAACGUAACAAUUUUGUGGAUGAACUGAUUGCCAGAAUCGGCAAUGUCGGACGAUUGGUGGUGAUGGGACAUAGCAGAGGAUGUGAAAAUGCGACAGCUGUGGCUGCCAGGAACGUAGACAAACUAACCGGCCUAAUGCUGGUGAACCCCACUGGCCUUCGUCUUCAUCGAGGAUUGCGGCCAUUUUGGGUGAUCAGGUUUCUGCUAUGGCUGGAUUCACUUGGAUCCAUAGCCAGGAAAAUAUUGCAUCCACUUCUGAAAUUUUUUGUAAACACCAAUAUGCUAUUGUCUACGAACGUUGAUUCUGGUGAACGGGCAAUGAUGUGUGUUCGAACGAUGUCUCACCUUGAACUCGCAAAAGGCUUACAACCUAAUAUAGACUGUAUUAAUCAAAGCCCCGAUGUAAGUUACCGCGUGCUUAUGGCGUAUUCUGGCAAGGAUUUCCUCAUUGAGACGAGUAUUUCCCGAGAGCUCGCGAAUUCGUUCAAAGGUCAUAAAGAACUGCGUUGUAAGGAUAACGAUGAGAUUUCUGAAGAGGAAGCCGUGCGGCAAACACGUGAAUUGCUUUCAAAUGGAGCCAAAGCGGUGUCGAUAAAUUUCGAGAAGAGCGGCCAUUUCCUCCAACGAGAUCGAGCUCGAUAUAUUGCCGAUGCUGUCGAAGCUCUUCUUCAGAGUCGAAUCUAA